GUGCACUGUAUAAUAAAACAGGAUCCCUACUGUAUGAUAAUCUACCCCUGCUCCUCCGAACCAACCUUUGUCAAUGGUACCCGGAUCCCGGACUCCGUCCCGCUCCACCCUGAUGACGUCAUCACUAUCGGACGGAGCUACAAGUUUCAAUUUGUAGUGCCGUAUUUCGAGCGUCCUGACGACGGUAGGGGGUUGAGAAACAACCGGGCACAACCUGAUCAGUACUACAAGGGACAAUAGACAGCUUCGUGCCAGUGGUGGAUCAGAGGGACAGGGACUCUAACACUUCCGAGAAUGUGGAGACCUGUGUUUGGUGUGAAAGGAGGUGACGUUGAGAGGAUUUCUACCCUCAGAAAGGAAACAGAGAUCGGAGGAGACCCACCUCCACGAGACUCACCAUCACGUGACAGCAACCCAAACAGCAUUGCAGAUCAGACCUUCAGGGAGCUCAACAAACCCAGGAUCAGUGUUUCAUCAGACCGUCCACCCGUAGUAGCUAACCACGAGUCAGAGUUUCCUGUUAAAGCUCGACCACCUCAAGUGGAGGAUCAGGAGAACCUGCCCCUGGUCAAUGGUUCAGAACCACCAGCUGAAUUCCAGUUCACUACAGUACAUCCCCGUGAUAGGAACAGACAACCAACUCCUCCACAGGAUGUUCCCAGAGAACGGCCACUUUGGGACAGGCCUCCUCGGGAAAUACUCGACUCUAGAACUACGGUUAAUCCUCGAAGUGUGGAUCCCAGGAAUAGGGAACCUAGAAGAGAUGACCCCCGUAAUGGUCCUAGGUCGCCCAGUCGGCGAGACUCACGAGACACACGUGGUCCUAGAGAUCGUGGUAGACAUCCCAGGUACAGUGGUGAGCUGAACGGUCCAGAUGGUCGAGAUCCUCAUCCUCGAGAUGUUCCCAGAAGUAGAGAAAGUUCCGGCGAUCCACGGGGUAGACCUGAUCCUAGAGAUCACAGACACCGGGGAGAGAGAAGAGAAGAUCCGAGAGAUCGGAGACCAGACCCACGAGACAGAGAUCACCCCAGAAUGAAAGGGGAUCCCAACAUCCGACCAUCUUCCAGGGAUGGGCCCAGAGGCGACGAUCACAAGGACCGUAGAGAUGAUCCCAGAGAUCGACGUGAUAGAAGACCUGAUACCAGAGACCGGCGCUCUGAUCCACGAUACGAUCCUAGAGAUAGGAGAUACGAUCCCAGGGAUGAUCUUAGAGAUAGGAGAGAUCCACGUCGGGAUCAAAGAUCCGAUCGUCCUCCACAUCGCGACAGAAGAGAUGACCCUAGAGACGGACCUCCAACCUGUCCACUUCCAACUCCUCCCUUGCCAGAGCAACCUGAUGUUGGAUUUGACGAAACCCCGGAGCCUUUCCAACCAAUUGAUUUAGCUCCACCAGAGAAAGAAGACCCAGUCUACACUCAAAUCAACUGGCUGACCAAGAAAAGGCCUUCUUCUCCUCCACCCAAAGAGUACUCUCCGAAGGACGCUGAGAUCUCUACUCCAGUUGACCCCCGAUGGUCUAGAAGUAGCCCUGAACUAGAUGAAGCUGCUAUGAUUGUCGAGGACCUGGACGAGCUUAACAUUCUCCCAGUGUCCCUGGAACUUCAGGUAACAAAUGAUACACUGGACCUCAUGCAGACUGCUCCUCCCUUGGAACCCUCAGAACCAGAUCUAGAGCUUAUACUUCCUGUCUUCUUCGUGUUCGAUCCGGCUAAUAUAGAAACUAUCCUGGAUACUAUCGUAUACAAGGAGUGCCCUCAGACAAUGUUUAGCCCCACCUACGCUAUGUACGCUAUCCUUCACGGCGCUGCACAGGACGAGAGUUAUAUCUGUAAAGAAGCGUUAGAUCUCGUUAUUGAUUACUAUCUCGGCGCAAUACAGUUGAGCAAGGAGUUUGUUGGAGGUUCAUUGUUUUGGCUGACCAAUACUUUAGAGCUUUACCAUCUCCUGCAGACGCACCCUAAACUAUCUGCCUUCAAAGACCAGGCUGAUAUGGGUCCAGUUGUUAAAGUUGCUAUAAAGUCCAGCAUUGACUCCUGUACUGAGCAGCUCAUUCCUUAUCUCAACAUGUUCCUGCUGGACUCUGAUAUAGAUACCAAGCUUCCGGAGGAGACAGUUAUGAAGGCCGAUACACAGGGUAGCGUGUGUGGUGACCUGUUGGUUGAAGAGGCUGAGAUGGCGUCCUUACUAACCGAGUCACUGGAGGAACUGAUAAACCAGUACGGGAACUUCUCCGAUGACGGCAGGGUGUAUCACGUGAUAUCAGUACUCUCCAUCAUGUCAACUCUGCUGUACAGAAUGUUGGUUCCUGAGGAGGCUCGUCGUGUUAUCAUACAAUAUCUACUCUCCUUUAUCAACACUUGGAUAUCAAACGCGGUGUUGAAAGAGGAGAAGUUGUGUAGAAGUUUGUGGGGACUGAGGUUACAGAGACGUCUGGACAAGCUGGAUCAGUGGUGUAAACGUAAUGGGAUCGGCAAACCCAUCUCCCACUUCAUGACCGAACUAAUUCAGAUAACUGACCUACUGAGAGCACCAAAACAUGAUCUGGACCAACUAGCAGAUCUGUUACAAGGAUGUAACGAGCUGAACUCUCUGCAAGUUGGUACAAUUCUCAGGAAAUACAAACCUGGCCCAGACGAGGAACCCGUUUCAAGAGAGUUUAUAGAGGCCGCAGUGUCGAUCACAGACUCAAUAGUAGAUGUAAGGCUGCGAGGCGAGGGGGAGCCAAUAGAUAUGAAAGUACAAGAACCCCUCCUCAGAUAUCCGCUUCACAAGCUCACGGCUUGUAACCACGAGCCAGGCUUGACUACUUAUACCCAGACUUUCUUCGAGAGAGUAUGCGAGGGUUGCGACGAAGAGUUGGAACUAAGAGAAAACGUUGGAGGUGACCGUUGGUGUUUCCGGAAGCCAACAGAUGAUCACCCUAAAACUGAUGACAAGCCCAAAUCAGAGAGUCAGAACAUACUGGAUCAGUGCGAGAUAGCUUCUUACACCAUCGCAAGAAAUGAUCUUAGUCUCGGAGUCAGCAUCGUUGGAGGGAAAGAUUCAAAUAAUUCUCAUUCCGGAAUCUUUGUUAAGAAUGUGUUUAAAGAUGGAGCAGCUUAUGAGGACGGACGACUGAAGCCAGGGGAUCAGAUACUAGAGGUGAACGGAGUGCCAACAAAUGAAAUCACCCAAGAAAUGGCGGCUGCCCUUCUUGACAGAGAAAGUGAAGCUGUUAGCAUUACCGUCGCCAAGAUGGCUGCUGCUUAUUAUGGCAUCCUCAGUGAAGAAGGAGCCUCGAGGACCUCCUCCCAGCAGUCCAGCCCCAACACUCCCUCCCCUGCCACCCACAACCACGACUCAGACUUCCAGUUCCAAGACCCAGCUGAUCCUGAUGACAUGUUGCUCAGAAUGUUGGAGAAAGAUACCGGCAGUUUAAUAAUCCACGAUUCUGACGAAGACCUGGCAACAAUUGACUCGCUUAGGAAAGACACAACUUUAACCUCCAACAUAAGCGUCAACGAGGUGGUUGUGUUUGGGGUUGAGUCCGCGGAAGUGAGCUUUGAAGAGGACGAAGUGUUGGAAGAUGAGGACAGCUACAGGGUUGGUUACGGAGAGGAUGGUUCGGACUGUGAGGAUAGUUACAGGGUAUCAGCAGACCCUCAUAUCGUAGACACACACGUCCCGCUCAACUUUAGGAUUUCAGAUGAGGUGUAGGAACGGGAUUCUGUUAGGGUUUUGUUUGGCCCUGUGAGAUUUAUCAUAAGUUGCGUCAGUUCGUCCGUGCUGGUUAGGUUUUAUUUCAUCAGAACUUUUUUUGAAGCUAAUCGGAUGAGACUAUCCAACUAACAAGGACCUCUAAAUUUAAGUGAAGCGGUGAAACAACUAUCCACCCCUGUUUCACUACAAUGUAGUUUAAUCCCAGAACCAUAAAUACCUUUGGGAAUCAUAACUUUUACCAGAAUGCUUCAGUCUUUUUAACCUUUCUGAAUUUACAUGCAUGUUUAUAUACCUUGAAUUAAUUUUGAAGCUUUAUACUUCAAUUUAUACAUACUGAACGAGCGGGGGCCGUUAUACGUGUAGAAGCAUAUUUCUUUUAUUUUCCCUUCAUUGCAACAUUUCAGAUUUAAAGAUUCUGUUAUAAAAUCCCGAAUAAUAAACAUUUUACGGUAAAUCAUUUUCAAACAGAUUUGUAAAGUGAUCAAGUAAGAAUGCUCCGACAUACAAUCCUAUGUUACUGUUGGUAUUUCGAGUGAUUUUCAGUUAUUUUAUAAAUUUUCAUUUAUUUUUAUACGCCAAAUAUCGAGUGGUUCAGUGCAGAUGCAGAUUAAUCAGUAAUUACCGUUGUGUCUUCAGUUAAGAGAUGAUUUAAUAUGUUAUUGAGAUUUUCUCCGACUUAUAACAAUAAUAAACCCCGAGCAUGGUAACUGACUAUGAAGCAGUUCAAAACUAAACUUAUUGUUGUAUUUUGUUAAUUAUAUACAUUAAAUGACAAGGUCUACAUUUUUAAAAGAAUGGCUAUCAUGUAAAACUGUAACAGUACCUGUGCUUCAUUCUUUCUGUUGAAUGAAUUUAAAUUUAUUCAGAGUUUUGUUGAAAGGCUUUUUGUCAACAAUUUACAAUAAGUGAACAUUUUUACAUUCAUUAAUCACCAAUAUAAUACCAGGCGCUAUUGCAGUAGGCCGCGUAGGAAUGAUAUAUGACAACACCUCCAUAUCUUUUUUAACGGAAUAUUAUGAUUUCUUUUCAAUAUAAAUAAGCAAAACUUGGUUUGGUGCUGAGUGUCAACCCUAGGUGAAGCAUAAUGGUGGGACUCCAGAGUAUUAAAAUAUAUAUUAUAGUGCGGUUAGGAUUAGUACAGAAAUUGUGUAGCUUUUUAAUGUAAUUACCAUUUUUAUCGAAUGAGAGAUUCUUGUUUAAUUUGUUCUACAAUUUAAAAUGUACAUUUGGCAUAUUAUAUCAAAACGAACACUAAAGAGCUCACAUCAUUUCAAUUUAAUAUUCAUCAUUUUAUUGGUUGAUCAGCCAGAAACCCAGUUUAAAUAUAAUGUUGAAAAAUGGCGACGCCUCACGCAGUGUCUGGCCAGUUCUUUUUCAUUAUGAGCUUUAGAUCACAAAGAAUAGGUAUGAGGAAGUUUAAGCAUACUAUUCAUACAUAAUUGGUUUCAUUCAAAAAUGUUAAUAUUUUACUAAUCCAUGGACAGAAUGUAAAUGCUAUCAGACUAGGAAACAAAGGCGCGGGCACGUGGAAAAUAUUAUCGUGCUUGGUUCGAGCUUUUACAUUUUACUUUGAGUUCGAUUUGCACAGAUGAAUGUAAGUAAAAGUUGGUAGAAGCAAUAAGCAAACAAUUUUACUUUAGUCAUAUUUUUUUAUAAUGAUGAUAUACAGCAUACAUAAAAGAAAAACAGCAUACAUAAC